AUGAGCUCCAUCAAGUUUGUCGUGUCCUCUCUGGACACCAUUGCUGCUUCCAAGGAUGCCCAACGCAUCAAGCAGCUCGGUGAAUCCGCCAAAAAAGCCCUCGAAGCCAUCAAGGAGCAAGAGAAGCUUCCCGACCCGGAACUCGUCUUCGCACCACUUCAGCUCGCCACCCGAACCAACAACCCUCAGCUCACCACCACCGCUCUCGACUGCAUUGGCAAGCUGAUAUCGUUCUCAUACUUUUCCGCCGAAAUCAGCCAAGAGCCUGCCGACGGCGAUGCCCAACGCCGAUCCCCGCUCAUCGAGCGCGCCAUCGACACAAUAUGCGACUGUUUCCAAGGAGAGGCCACCGAGGUGGAAAUCCAAUUGCAGAUUGUCAAAUCACUCCUAGCGGCCGUCCUCAAUGACAAGAUCGUCGUACAUGGGGCUGGGCUGCUCAAGGCAGUUCGACAGGUGUACAAUGUCUUCCUUCUCUCGCGCAGCACCCCAAACCAGCAAGUCGCGCAAGGCACCUUGACCCAGAUGGUCGGCACAGUAUUUGAGCGCGUCAAGGCACGGCUGCACAUGAAGGAGACUCGCCUGAACUUGAGCAACCUCAAGCACAGCUCUAGUAAUGUCACCUUUGAUAACCCCGAAGACACCAACGGGGCGGAUGACCACGAUGACGGCGCCCACGACGCUGGAGACGAGUCCGCUGAGCAGGAUCCUGGCGCAAAGCUCACCCUGAAGGACUUGGAGCAUCGAAAGAGCUUUGAUGACUCUGCAUUGGGAGAGGGGACUACCAUGGUCACCCAUAUUAAACCAGCCAAGAGCAACGGCGAAUCGGAGGCCUCGGGCCACGGCACGGACGAAGACCAGCUGGAUGCCGAAGACGAGGUCUACAUCCGCGACGCAUACCUUGUUUUCAGGUCAUUCUGUAACCUCUCGACCAAGGUCCUUCCAUCCGACCAGCUCUACGAUAUCCGCGGACAGCCUAUGCGAUCGAAGCUAAUUUCGCUUCAUCUCAUCCACACUGUCCUCAACAACAACAUCUCCGUCUUCACAUCUCCCCUCUGCACCAUCAAGAAUUCCAAGAGCAACGAGCCGACAAGUUUUCUCCAAGCGAUCAAGUUCUACCUGUGCCUCAGCAUCACGAGGAACGGCGCAAGCUCCGUCGACAAGGUCUUUGAGGUCUGCAGCGAGAUUUUCUGGCUAAUGCUGAAAUUCAUGCGACCUCCCUUCAAGAAGGAAAUCGAGGUUAUACUCAACGAGAUUUACCUGGCUCUCCUGUCUCAAAAGAAUGCCCCGAUUUCACAAAAGCUGUACUUUAUCAAUAUUCUGAAUCGCCUCUGCGCUGACCCGAGGGCCCUGGUGGAGAUAUAUCUCAACUACGACUGCGACCAGACUGUUGACAAUAUUUACCAAACUAUCAUCGAGGAUCUCUCCAAAUUCUCCACGGCUUCUGUCGCUGUCACUGCGGUCAACGAACAAGUUUACGAGGAGGCAAGGGCCAAGACACAAGCGGCUAACGAGUGGCAGCUCAAGACCAUCUUGCCCCCUCCGCUGACCGUGGCACACAUCCUCCCUCAGCCGGAACCGGAACCCGAUUACCCAAAAGAAUAUGCCUUGAAGCGUAUCGCUUUGGAAGGGCUUGUCGAAGCUUUGAAAUCACUGGUCAACUGGUCGGCGUCGGUGCGGCCUGAAGCAGAUAUUUCACGUGCUGAAAAAGACAGGAAAUUCUCGACUGAUGACCUCCGCGCAUCUAUUGAUCCUAGCAUGAGUGACACCCAAUCGCGCAUGGAUACGCCAUUGCCACCUUCAACGCCUGUGCUUGAUGAUGACCCGGCUCAGUUGGAGAGAGAAAAGGCUCGGAAAACAGCGCUGACCAAUGCAAUUCGGAGAUUCAACUUCAAGCCGAAGCAUGGCAUCAAGGCUCUCAUUGCUGAGGGCUUUAUCCCAAGCGAUAGCCCGGACGACAUUGCCAAGUUUCUUCUCAAGGAAGAAAAGCUCGACAAGGCGCAGAUUGGUGAAUAUCUGGGUGAAGGAGACCAGAAGAAUAUCGACAUCAUGCAUGCCUUUGUGGAUUCAAUGGAGUUUACCAAACGGCGCUUUGUCGAUUCUCUUCGAGUCUUUCUACAAUCGUUUCGCUUGCCUGGCGAGGCACAAAAGAUUGAUCGAUUCAUGUUGAAGUUUGCUGAACGUUAUGUUCUGGGUAAUCCCAAUGCAUUUGCCAACGCUGACACGGCAUAUGUGCUGGCUUAUUCCGUCAUCCUCCUCAACACCGAUCGUCACAGCACCAAAAUUGCAAAGCGUAUGACAAAGGAGGAAUUCAUCAAAAACAACAGAGGCAUCAACGACAACGCCGAUCUUCCUGAUGAGUACCUGAUCACGAUUUUCGAGGAGAUUGAUAGCAACGAAAUUGUCCUGACGAGCGAACGCGCGGCUGCUGCGGCUGCCGGCACCGCACCCACGCAGUCGACUGGCCUCGCUGCAGGCUUUGGCCAAGCUUUCUCUAGCGUUGGACGUGAUCUGCAAAGAGAAGCAUAUAUGCAACAAUCUGAAGAAAUCUCCGUGCGCUCGGAACAGUUAUUCAAGAACCUUUUCAAGAGCCAGCGCCGAAGCACUGCUAAGACGGGUCCGAAAUUCAUCCCAGCGACGUCUUUCAAGCACGUUGGCUCCAUGUUUGAUGUGACUUGGAUGUCUUUCUUCUCAGCGCUGUCUUCGCAACUCCAAAAGGCCCACAGCAUUGAAGUAAGCAAGCUUUGCCUCGAGGGCAUGAAACUCGCGACCAAGAUCGCUUGCACUUUUGAGCUGUCAACGCCAAGAGAGGCCUUCAUAUCCGCGCUGAAGAAUACCACCAAUCUGAACAACCCUCAGGAGAUGAUGGCCAAGAACAUUGAGGCUGUGAAGAUUAUUCUCGACCUCGGACAGACAGAGGGCAAUGUGCUGCGAGAGUCAUGGAAGGACAUUUUGAUGUGCAUCAGUCAACUGGAUCGACUGCAGCUCAUCUCUGGGGGCGUCGAUGAGAGUGUCAUCCCGGAUGUCUCAAAAGCUCGUUUCAUGCCGCCUCCGAGAUCCGAGACCUCUGAUUCCAGGGCAUCAACGUCUUCGCGACCGCGCAAUCGCGGACGUUCAGGAACGGGCUCACGAGGUUUCUCAAACGAGAUUGCGCUGGAGAGCCGCUCUGACGAAGUAGUACGCAGCGUCGAUCGCAUCUUCACUAACACGGCUAAUUUGUCGGGCGACGCUAUGGUCUACUUCGCCAAGGCGCUCACAGAGGUCAGCUGGGAUGAGAUCAGAGUCUCCGGAUCCAACGAUUCCCCUCGUACAUACAGUUUACAGAAAAUUGUGGAAAUCAGUUACUACAACAUGAACCGUGUGAGGUUUGAAUGGAGCAACAUCUGGGUAGUACUUGGGGAGCAUUUCAACCAAGUUGGUUGCCACAACAACAUGAAUAUUGUCUUUUUUGCAUUGGAUUCUCUACGACAGUUAUCAAUGCGCUUCCUGGAGAUUGAGGAGCUGGCAGGUUUCAAGUUUCAAAAGGAUUUCCUCAAACCAUUCCAACACAUUCUGGCCAAUUCGGACAACGUUACGGUCAAGGAUUUGGUUCUCCGGUGCUUGAUCCAGAUGAUUCAAGCACGAGGCGGCAACAUUCGCUCAGGUUGGCGAACCAUGUUUGGCGUGUUUACUGUCGCCGCGCGUGGAACGUCUGAAAGCAUUGUAAACUUGGCCUAUGAGAAUGUCAGCCAAGUUUACAAGGACAAAUUCGGCGUUGUUGUUGCCCAAGGCGCAUUUACUGAUCUCAUUGUCUGUCUCACUGAAUUUUCCAAGAACCUCAAGUUUCAAAAGAAGAGUCUGGCCGCGCUUGAGCUCUUGAAAUCAAUCAUUCCAAAGAUGUUGAAGACGCCAGAGUGCCCACUGUCACAGCAGCCCGAGAAUCAACAGGAUGCAAAGUCAGCACCGAAAUCGAGCACGUCUGUUGAGGAGGGAUACUGGUUCCCCGUUCUUUUCGCAUUCCACGACGUUUUAAUGACGGGCGAGGAUCUAGAAGUACGGUCUAAUGCGUUGGAGUACUUUUUCGCAACCCUGAUCAGAUACGGCGGCGACUUUACUCCUGAUUUUUGGGACAUACUCUGGAGACAACAACUGUACCCCAUUUUCAUGGUACUAAGGUCACGCCCAGAGAUGGCAAAUGUCCUGCAUCACGAGGAGCUAUCCGUGUGGCUCUCAACGACAAUGAUACAGGCGCUCAGGAAUAUGAUUACCCUCUUCACGCAUUACUUUGACUCCCUGGAGUACAUGCUGGACAGAUUCCUGGAGCUACUAGAGCUUUGCAUCUGCCAAGAAAACGACACCAUCUCUCGGAUUGGCAGCAACUGCUUGCAGCAACUUAUCCUCAAGAAUGUAACAAAGUUUGCGCCAGAGCACUGGGCGAAGAUUGUUGGAGCAUUCUGCGAGCUGUUUGAGCGGACGACAGCAUAUCAGCUCUUCACGGCAGCAAAUGCCGCGUCCCCGGCUGCAUUGUCCCUGCCGUCCAAUGGUAUCGACUUUUCAACUGGUCUCAGUCCGGGCGGGGAGCCGAUUGUGGAUGAAAAGUCUCUCAAAAUCAACGGCGGAGACGAUAAUGGAAGCAUCUCAGACAAUGACUCCAUAAACCGACCAAUCUCGCCACGCCCACUGGAUGAUGAUACACGACGACCCUCUAUUGGUGCGGCAGGCCAAGCUCCGCUGGAAGAGUUCAAGCCAGCAUCCUCGCUGCAGCAGCAGCCCGUCGUUGUUACCGCGGCGAGGAGACGAUUCUUUAACCGCAUCAUUUCGCGCUGUGUUUUGCAGCUCCUCAUGAUUGAGACGGUCAAUGAACUCUUCAGCAACGACACGGUGUAUACCCACAUUCCUUCGACCGAGUUGCUGCGCCUCAUGGCCCUUCUCAAGCGCUCGUUUCAGUUUGCCAGACGCUUCAACGAAGACAAGGAGCUGCGCAUGAAGCUGUGGCGAGAGGGCUUCAUGAAGCAACCGCCCAAUCUUCUCAAGCAGGAAAGCGGCGCGGCCGCCACCUACGUGUCCAUCCUAUUCCGCAUGUUUGCCGACAAUGCCCCGGAGCGUCUGGACAGCCGCGCCGACAUUGAGUCUGCUCUCGUGCCGCUGUGCAAGGACAUCAUCACCGGCUAUUCCACGCUGGUGGAGGAGAGCCAGCAGCGCAACCUGGCCGCCUGGCGUCCCGUGGUGGUCGAUGUGCUCGAGGGCUACGCGACGUUCCCAGACGAUGCGUUCAAGACGCACUUGGCCGACUUUUACCCGCUCGCGGUGGAACUGCUGCAAAAGGACUUGACGUCGGAGCUCCGCGGCGCGCUGCUCACGGUGCUGCGGCGCGUCGGCGAGGUGUCGCUGGGCAUUGCCGGCAUGAGGAGCGCGGCGAGCAUGGCGGAGAGGAGACGGGGGAGCGUCAUCAGCACCCUAUCUGACGGAAAGGCGGGGGAUCAUGAGCAAGCUGCACGCAAAAUGCUGUGA